GGCGCGGCUUGGUUGUGUUCGAAAUUCGAACGCACGCUAUGAUUGCGCGGGAAAAAGUUUUGACAGUGCAAUAAAUGGAACGUUUUUUUAUGCUGCCAGUAUAGUGUUGUGUAAAAAUGUAAAUUGUCAAAUAGGAACUCCAUGGUGUGAAUAGUGAUUUAUCUGUGGCAGUAUGGUGGAUUUCGGUGGGAAUUGUGAUAAUGUCGUAAAUGGAAAGAGUCAAUUUGUUUAUCUUGUUUUUGUGCAUUUGUUGCUGAUGAGUUUGGAUGGAACUAAUGCACAAAAUCGAGCACCACGGAUCAAAGAGCACCCAUCCAACACAGUAUCAGGCCGGAGCGAACCGGCUACUCUAAGAUGUGUGGUUGAAGGUCGGCCAAAACCAGCCGUGCACUGGUUCAAGGAUGGGUUUCCAUUGCCGCCAGCUGACGAUGGACACAGGGUCAUGUUAGAGGAUGGGUUGUUAUUUCUUAGGGUUAAUCGAGGGAAGAAGGAAAGCGACGAAGGUGUUUAUUGGUGUGUAGCACGAAACAUUGCCGGAGAGGCCGUCAGUCAAAAUGCCACUUUAAAUGUUGCCAUGUUACGUGAUGAAUUCAGAGCAGAGCCAAGAGAUGUUCAGGUCGCGGCAGGAGAGCCUGCUAUAUUAGAAUGUGUACCACCCAGAGGAGUGCCCGAUGCAUCAGUACACUGGAUGAAGGAUGGACAACGUUAUGAAGUUGAAGUUAAUGGAAGGGUAACAAUAACCGAGACUGGAAGUUUAAAAAUAUUAGAAACAUUACCGAAUGAUAGUGGAGUGUUCAGAUGUGUGGCAUCAAAUAUAGCUGGAGAAAGACAGUCAAGAGCAGCUGCACUAAUCGUACUAAGACGACCGCACUUCGUCACAAAACCCACCAACAUCACAGCGUUAGUUGGACAAAACGUUGAAUUUAAUUGCCAGAGUUACGAUACAAGCGUAAAAAUAACAUGGGUUAAGGAAGAUGGGGUUUUGCCGUCUCACGCAUCUAUAAUCCGUGGGCUAUUACGGUUAGAACAGGUGUCCGCAUCUGAUGCGGGCAUCUAUUCCUGCCGUGCCGAUAGCCACACUGGAACUAGCACUGCCAGCGGAACACUAACCGUAUACUCGUUGCCGCACUUCACACAGAUACCAUCCAAUUUAACCGCAUGGGAGGGUGACGUUGUGUCAAUUCCCUGUGAGGCAAAAGGGUUACCGACACCUACGACGUUCUGGAUUUUGGAGGGAAUCGAGGACAAUCUAUUGUUUCCGGAAUGUACAAAGAGCAAUUCGAGUUUACUGUAUUUGGAUGGGGUGAACGUUGAACACGGCGGCAGAGUUAUUUGCGUCGCAGUCAAUUCGGCUGGGAGCGUGAUGCAAGAGGCUCAUUUGAACGUGUUAAGAAAAGGCUUAAAGAACGAUGAUGAGUUUGGGAUAAAUUACGAACACAAAAUCCGUAUGACGGAGUACGAGUUCGUUCAAGCGCGGAAAUACUUGCAGCAGAAUGUUCUGGUAUUAAAGAGGGUGGAAACUUUGUCGUCGACAUCGCUUAAAGUCGUGUGGGAUGUGUUAACGGAUUAUAAUGAGUAUUUAGAGGGGGUGAAGAUUUGGUAUAAUGGAACGAGUAUGAACUGGCGGAAUAGUUCUGAAGAUGUUAUUCCUCAAGUGGAGACGUGUUCGAAUGGGUCUCUUUUACAUGUGGACAACAGUGGGUCCUCGUCUUACAUACUGUCUGGCUUGAAGGCGUAUAUGCAGUAUGACGUAUUCUUGAUGCCAUUUUACAAGAUGCUAUUGGGGAAGCCGUCGAACUCCAUGACAGGUGUCACCAAUGAAGAUGUGCCAUCGUUCCCUCCCCUAAGUGUGACAGCGGGGGUCAUAAACGCCACGUCGGCAUGGAUACGAUGGGAACCACCACCUGCGAACACGUGGAACGGAGAACUGACGGGUUAUAUGAUCGAAAUACGCGUCGGUGGAGGCACAAACGGUCGUGUCGUGGGUCAAAUGUCUUUAGGCGCUCGAACUCGGGCCGCUGCGGCGAGCUCGUUACGUACGGGAGGGCGGUAUAUUGCGCGCGCGGCGGCUGUCACUAAACGCGGUCACGGGCCGUUUAGUGCGCCCGCGCAGAUACAUAUGUUGCCCACACAGUCGCAGAGGCAUUAUGUUCAGACCGAACCACCUCACGAUUCUUCGAUUCCGCACAUAUUUCACGAAACGUGGUUGCUGGCGCUCGGCCUAACAUUAUUCUCAGUGAUUGUUAUCGGACUUGUCAGCAUUUACUACAUCAGACGGCGAAAUGGCAUACAAAGGAAGAAGGCUUCUGGCCAACCGAUAGUAACAGCACAGCAGUGUUUAUUGAAUAAGGACACGAUCUGGCUGAGAGAUCGUCCUGUAUUCCCUGACCCCUCGCUUGACGUCAACAGCUGUCAUCAGAGCCUGCUUCAAUCUGGCCAAUCAAGCAUCUUAAACGUGGAACCGGAAUACUGUCUGCCUCAGAACUCUAUUCAAGGACUAGAUACAUCGAGUGUGGACAGAAUUAAACGCCCGGAGCCCUACGCCUCGAGUGCUAUUUACACAGAACUCAAUUUCAAGGACAGUAACGACAGUGGAGAUGCCAACUGUCCAGAAAGACGAUCACACAAUAGCAUAGUUCGUUCGUGCAACGGAAGUAUUCAGUACUCUAACGAAUGUUCCACAUGCCACAGCUCAUCCAGCCGUUCCACAAACUAUAGAGACUUUAGAGAAUACAAGGAAUUCAAUAAGGAAGAAGAGGAUACAAACAGAUCGGGCUCCCGAAGCCGCCAGGACAAAAGCAAAGUUUGCCCGAAUGAUUUAGAGUAUGAUUACCCGCAGUGGCAUUGGCUCGGACGAGAGAAUAGUUUCAAAAUUCCCAUACAGAGGCACUCGACCGGCCGCUCUGAACAGGGCUGUCAAAUAAAUCUGUGUGAUAUACUGCCGCCGCCCCCGUAUGAGAGUCCAGAAAAUAAAGGACAACUGAAAUUACCCUAAACGUUGUGACGUAGACUAGGUGAAACGAAGCAAUAAUUUAUAUCAUUUUGAAUUUGUAGAUAUUAGUUAUAAGUGUACAUUUUAAUCAGACCAUGAAAUUCCUUGGUACUGUAUCAGCUUAUACAACUGAACACGAAUCGCCUUAACAUUUUUAGAACUAUACAAACUUACAAAAUUCUUCUUUAAAAUAACUUAUUUAAAAUGUCUACUUAUUAAUUUCUUCCAUAAUGUAUCCGUUAGUUAUUAAUAUCAUUUAUUCGUAACAAAACAAUUUUUAUGGUAUUUUUUGCAGAUCCUUUGACACACGCAUUUCAAACAAUUGUUUUGUUUCUAUUGUUUUUUUCAUUUUUCCUCUCUGUAUAUAUACGAAUUAUGUAUCUGAUACACUGUGUAGAUCAUAGACAAUUCAUCCAUCUUAUUGUCUUUAAAAGUACAUUACAAUGUCAUAAAAUUGUUGUAUUCAUUUUAUCAAAUUAUGUUUAAGAAUUAAAAGCAGUCGUUCACCUCUCAAAGGUCAUGGCCGUAUAUGACCCAACAGCUAUUAAUUAGAAAUAUAAUUUACGCAACUAUGAAAUGAAGUAGAGAUCCUUUAUUAACUUUUAGAGGUGUUAGUGAAUACCCAUGAUAUACAUACUAUAGUAAUCAUAACGGUAGAUGCUUGUAGAGAAUCAUAUAUAAUAAAUAAUUCCUAAUUCUAGUCAUCCUGUAUAGACUAGUUAUAAAGGGAAAUUGCGGUCUCCUUCGUCUAAAUUCACAAUACGUAAAAAAUCCUAUUACGCCUUUGUUCAUAAAAAAGACAGUAUAAUUGCAGCGAUUUAAGUUAUUACUUGUCUGUCUUUUGUCAUCACACUGUAAACGCAAUUUGACAGAAAGAGACAACAGUUCGUUUUUAUGAAUAAGGUCGUAAGAUAGCAGCCGCAAAUGUCAUCAUUAGUAAUAUUAAACAGUAACUAGCGCUGGUUCUAGGAAAAAAUUAGGUGACCUGAAUUUGGCUUGACAUUUAUGGAACGCGCCGUCAACCUAAAAUACAAACAACAGUGUGCAUUCGGAAAAUGCUGCAAAUAAAAUUUCUGUUAUAAAUAUAUUAAAUAUAUACAUAUCUGCAUAUGUAAAUGUAUAAAUGACGUAAUUAAAAGAAUAUUUUUUGUCGUAUACCUACAAAUAUUCAGUAUGCGAGUUUGUUUGGAAUUAUUGAACUGAAAAACCAGUUUCCAGAUUUCCAUUUUCCACAUAUUCCACAUUCUACAGAUAUAGUUCUCUACAAAUAAUCUGGCUAUUAGAGUAGUACUUGUGUAUGUACUUUUAGCGAAAAUUCUUAGAACUUCCGGGCAUAAUCUUGCCAACAUAUUUGCCGGGAACUAUAUUGUUACUAACUUGUUAGCGAAUCCAUUUUUAACAUUGUUUUUGUCUUUCGUAAUUCUUAAAGAUUUUUUUAAUACCUAUAUAUUACAUAUUCAUCUUAAAUUUGAGAUCAUUGUGUGGUUAUAGCAAUCUUGAUUCAGUGGUGUAGAUUGCUAUUCACGGUAAGUCUGCUGAACUCAGCGCAAGUUACAAGUAAGAGGUAAAAAUCCUGGUUGUUUGUAAUCACUGCCAUUUUUUUAGUAUUUUAGUUGUAAAAUUUUUGACUGUGAUAUUUAUGUAUAUUAAUUGGUGUUAGUCUAAGAUUAGAAUAUUGUAGAACUUUUGAACAUGUAUUCGAGUAAAUUGUUUAUAAUUCGUUUGCUACCCCAAAUAUUUUAAGAUCCAGUUGUUUUAUUCAAAAUCGAAAUAA